AUAUAGUACUUGUAUAAAAAAUACUUAUGCAUUCUAAGUAAAAAAAAAAAAGAGUAAGAUUUAAAUUUUAAAAAAAAGUCCUACCGAUGUUCUGAGGCAAGUUUAUCCUGAAGACGGACGAUGGACAAGAAGAAAAGAAGUUGUUUUGUCAAAUGGAUUCCAUUAAACUCCUCCUCCGCUUCCCCUUUUCACUUCUCUCGCUUGUUUUUGGAAUGUUGCUUAAUGUUGCUGUCGUCGCUUUUGUGCAAUUGAGCCAAGCGGGAUUGUUGCAGCGGGAACAUUCAUCGUGUACUUGUAAAGAAAAAUGGCAGUGGAAGGAGUGACGUCAGCAGAUGGCGCUAGAUUACUACGUGUCGCUCGUUGGUUUGACGCAGAAGCAGCUGCCGUGGUGUCCAUCCUUUUGGGUCUGUUCCAGGUGCUGCUGUCUGUCCCACUCGCCAUGACUCACCAAACUCUCCCAAAGAUAUUCAUACUCCCUCUUGUGUCUGGAAUUCUUAUUGUGGCAGGUGGAUCGUUCAUCUUGGCAAAUGAGAGAAAUCCCAGCAAACUCUUGCUUCAAGGUUCUGCCUGCAGUAAUGUAGUCGGCUUGCUGGGUGCACUGCUUGCAUUCAGCCUCUACUGCUUCAGCCUCAGCGCCACAGUCAGCAAAGAGCCCUGCUCGGUGUCAUCGAUAGAUCCAUAUUGGCCUAGCGUUUGUCCUGCUGACAUCCUGCUUGCAUAUUGCUGGAGUCUGACACUGAUGCUGCUGCUCUAUGACUUUGGCGCCGUGGUCCUACACAGUGUCUUCUCAGUCUAUUCUCUCAAAGCCCUCAAAAGUGACUGACACAGUAUGGGGAUACUCAGCGAUAACCCCUUUCACACUGCCUGCAAAAGAUGGACUUUGUCUGUUUUCUGACGCUUGCUCGCCAAAGGCUGGGCUGUUCAGCCUUUGUUUACCGAUAGAUGUGUGACGCGAUGAACACUUUCUGUCCCCUACCUUUAACGUGUACUGUGUGGGAAAUGUGUACUCCUCUGUAUCGUACUUAAUGUUCCGCAGUGAAAAAUCUGACUACCGUUACACCACUAGCAGAUACUCACUUCUCCCCUUUUGUUGUGUUGAAAGCAAUUGCCGCAGUCCGAAGUGUUGUAUUUGUCAAUUUGUCAUACCAGACGCUGGUGCUGAUGUGGUCACACAUCUACACUGGAUACAGGAAGUCUACACACCUGUUAAAACGCCAGGAAACAAGACUCUUAGGAAUCAUUUUAGAACUUUUUUCCAGUUGUAAUUUUAACCAUAGCACCCUUUGGUCCGUCGUAAUCCAACUCUAGGUCAUGUUCCCCCUUGGUGUUUUUCAUUCAGGUGUGUAACGGCACGCCGGUGCAGACCAGUUCCACCGGUCUAAGAUCAUCUAGAAGAAGUCUUGGUGUGGUUCCAAACAAACUCGGUGUGGUUCUGUUGUGGUGUGAAAGCAGUCUGCCCUCACUUCACUCAACUGGCAUAUGAAGGAGUCCAUCCACAUUUGGAUUUUAUUUGCUGAUUUUCCCAAGAAACAUUGCUCCAAAUCUGUCAGAGGUCACCUCUGUACAGCCCUCUCAGAUAGCCCCACAUAUUUUUAGAGAUACUGAAAAUAACAUGAACAGUCGAUACGGCAACAAGCCACCUUUCCCUUUUCUACAGAAUCUGGCAAAGGCGACAGCGUCUGCUGUUAAAAAAAUAUUGGUAGACAGAGACAUUGCUUUCAACACAACAGGGCGAGAGACGUGUGAACCUUCCCAUUCCUGUCACUCUCAUACAGGCUUUUACGGAAUGUUCCUCGACCCAUUCCUUGUUUCUACAAAAAGCAGCCCAUCUGCAUUAGACCGUGUAAAAGGUGCUUUGGCUUGUCUCUUACUUUUGCAGCAUGAAUUCAAGUUUCUGUGCUUUGCUUGAAGGCAAGAAUAGCAUCUCUCCAACAACCAAUGUUGUAUUUUUUACAUGUUUUGUUUCUUUGUUUUUUGUGCUCCAUAUCUCUCACAAGAUUAAUGAAGUAUAUAUAUGUAUCUACAAAUUGUUCUAUUAAACUUGUUCUUCUAUUA